AUGGAUGAUAAUAAACGCCCCAAAAAUUCAGAAUCCGAACAAUUAAGUUUCAAUGACCCAAAUGCACCAUCCACCACGCUGCCAGAAACUUUAUUUUUAAUCGACCCUAGCUUACAAGACCAAUAUUUAAAAAAUAACAAUAUUACAGAUAAGCGAUAUUGGACUAGUCUAUUCCAAAAAAUUAGUCCAUUAGUUGAGCCUACAAAUGAUAAUUUGUAUUCCAAAUCUGAUAUUGCUAGUACAAGUUAUUAUAAUAGCCCGAAUAAAAAUCUGGAAGCCCCAAUACCGCUCAGAAACAACCGUACAGAAACUGAAAAAGCAAAUUUCUACAAUGCAACAGAAAAUGAACCAGGUCUUCUUCCUAUGAUUCCACUAAAUAUCAAUAAUGCAGAGGCUAUCAAUAAUCAAAGACCGUCUAGAAAGCAAAAAGCUAAUGAUUAUAUUGUAGAUAUAAAUACAUGCGAUAAAAAGUUCAUAUCACUGGAUUUUACUAUACAUAUUAUUACAAGAAUAGCAAUUUUGUUGCUAUUAGUGGCAAUAAUUACAAUAUUAAUGGCAAGCAUAGUAAUUUUUGCUGGAGGGUACCUUGGUGUUAACGCCUCUAUAUAUAAUUUCUUUAAUAAAAUUGACACUAAAAUUAAAAGCAUCCUACAUUUAAUUAAAACAUGGAUAAAGCUCUUAUUCGUGCAUAAUAGUAAUCAGGAGUUUAAUAGUGUUAAUAACAGCACAUAUAUACCACCAGCUAAUUAUACAAAUUAA